AUGAUCCGACGAAUACAGACAUUAAGAACCAUCAAACGACCUCAAAUAUGUUACACAAACCGACACCAGCAUCGCUACAACUCGACCGUGACCCUAGAGACCAUUGCAUCCCAACCAGGACCUCAGAUCUUCGUUUCGGCCAUUUCUGAUCCAUUUCUGAAUCUCGCGUUGGAGGAAUUUCUGUACGACCACAUGCCUGCACGUGAUCCGAAAUCUGAACCCAAUCCCGAUCCUGACGCUCUUUCCAACAACCGAUUAGUCAUCUACGUCAACUCUCCCUGCGUGGUAAUCGGACGAAAUCAAAAUCCCUGGCGAGAAGCCAACAUUCCUGUGCUCGAGAGUCUUCGGAUUCCAAUGAUCCGGCGGAAAUCCGGCGGUGGAACAGUUGUACACGAUCUGGGAAACGUCAAUUACUGUUUUAUGACGAGUAACGAGGAUUUCUCGCGAGAGAAGCACUCCAAAAUGAUUAUGGAGAGUGUCAAUGCAGUUGGAGAUGCGCCGGGAGGUCCCAAUGUCGAGCUGAAGCUGAAUUCGCGCUUUGAUAUCGUCGAUAUUAGUGACAACAAGGUAUCUGGAUCUGCAUACAAGAUUCAAAGACACAAGGCGUACCACCACGGAACUAUGCUGUUGAACUCGAAACUUGACGUGCUGAAGGCCUUAUUGCAUCGGGGAGAGAACCUGGGCGUCAUCGAGGGCAACGGAACGGCAUCUGUCAAGUCACCGGUCACUAAUAUUGGUAUGGAAAAGAAUCUGUUUAUUGAAACAGUCAUCAAGGGCUUCUCUGGCAUGUAUGGAGUUGAUUUCGAGGACGAAAGCGGGCCUUUUGUGCAACUCAACGUGAUCCAGCAGUCGGACUUACCCGAGAAGGUAUACAACACCGCCGAGGAGAUGAAGACGUACCACUGGGCAUAUGGACAGACUCCCAAGUUUACCCACGUGAUCAAGAAUGAUGAUCUGGACGUGGAAGUCGAGUUUUUCGUGGAAAAAGGAAUUCUGAAGGACGUCAAGGCCGAUUCAGAGCACCUGCAGCAGUUCAAGUACCUUAAGAGUGUGGCGCAAAACGAGGGAGUUCAAUACAUUGGAGGAAAAAUAGCGGCUUUCGUGACAGACGAGAGGCUGGGAGACUGGAUUGCCAAGACAAUUGAUGGAAGUGGAACGGAGAAGGAAGAGAUUGUGCUAGUUGGAAAGAAGGAAAAGUCUCUGAAGGAUAUGCUAGGUUAA